UUAAUGUUAACGUUCACUUCACUUACUUUAUAUAUGUUAUAGCAAAAGGAUUACAUGUGGGAUAAUAUACUUGCACAUUACGCAGAUACGCAUUAUGGCACAAGCCACACAAACACUCAGAUGUGAUAGUUAUAAAUGGAUCCUGCUUUUGACUGCUACAGCAGUGACUAUGAUUGAUUUUGGUCUGGUGUUUUCUUUCGGUGCCAUGUUUGUUACAAUGAUGGAGACCUUUCAAACAGAUCGUGCUGCAACAGCAACUGUACAGUCCAUUCUUAUUGGAGUUACACUGGGUUUUGGUGCAGUCAGUGGAGUCAUCAUUUCUAAAGUAGGACUACCAGUAGCAACGUUUGUAGCGAGCCUGCUGGUUCCAUUGGGGUUUUGCAUAUCAUUCUUUGCUAAAGAGGUUGUGUUUAUCUAUUUCACCAUUGGAGUUGUGUCCGGUAUGGUUUUUUUCUAUUGUCAUUUCGAACAUUCAUUAUAUUAUAUGCAAUAUAAAUUAGAAUAUUAAGAUAGUAAUUUUUCUGGGUUACACGCAGUGUGACUACUGCUCAAAGAACUCAAAUUCGGAUAAGUUUUUUUCUGAUAUGUAUAUAUAGAAGAUAAAGAUUAAACCAAUUUUACUUUAGUUGACGUUAACGUAACUUAAAAUGUUCAUGUUUUGCUGCCAAGUGUGGGAUCCUACAUCGCAACCUAUCCGGAAUAAUUUUAAUGUCUCUCCAUUAUCGAAAUGCAUUAAACUUCACUUAUAACAAACAUGGUUAUAACGAAUUUCCUGUUAUACGGAUCAACUUCAUACAUGUUUGUCCUGAUUUUCGCCAUUCUUUGUUCUAUGUGAAAUAUAAUGACUGUAGUGAACAUAACUGCAACGAAUUAUCGGAUAAAAGGUACAUAUUUACGUGUCCAAAUUUUAAAAAUUUAGCGAAUCCCGCGAGGAUGAUCAGAACUUUUAGUUAAGCAUGUCAUAUGCUAUUGAGUAUUGAUUGGAUUUUAUUUAUCAUAUUUGCUGCAAACUUGCGAUCGUAGUAUGAUUUAUAACUUUAAUAGUGUUUGGUGGAGCAUAAAAUCAUACCAGUAACAUCUCAAUAUAAUCAUGCGAGAUCAAUAAAUUGUACCUGUGCUGUUAUAGAUCUCGAAAAACUGUUUCAUUCAAACGUUUGAAGAUGCAAAGUGAAUGUUAUAAAUCUUGUCGCGUAUAAGCGUUUUGGUAUUUUUUGGUGACGAGAAACUAAAACGAAGCGAGCCCUAAUCUGCAUUUUCUUUAAAAGGUAACCUGACUAUUCUUUGAAUCCAAUACACACGUCCACACAUUCUGCAUUGGGGGCUUGUUACUUUUAUGGAAAAAUGAAUCAGAAUUUAUACAAAAUUAGUGAAAUAAAAUAGAGUCAAAAUUAUAACGGAUAAGGUCAUGAGUAUAGGUAUCGCGCAGUAUUAUGGCGUUUUGAAAUGUAAACAAACAAAGGAAUAACAUACGAUUAAGUCCAUUAACAGCGUUUCCAACGCGAACACCAAUUACUUGUUGGCCGAGCGGUAGCGCGUUCCGUUUAAUACUUUUUCGUCGGGAGUUCGAUUCCCAAUACCCGUAUAUUUUUCAUUUAUUUAAAAAACAAACUGUAUAUAAUUUUUUAUUUUUCAAUAAUGCUCUACAAAGACAACUGAAGUUAGUUCAUUUAGUUCCAACUCUUCCACUAAGUGAAAUAAGUCAGUAUUAGCAUGCAUUAAUGUUUAAAUACACACUGCUUUUGAAUACUUUAAAGCACAAG